CAGGAAAUUAUGGCGUCGGCCAGGAUUGAUCGCAGCAAUCCAUCCAUCGUAGAAUGGUUUGCUGAACAUGAAGGGUACCGCUGUGGGUAUUGUAAACAAGAAGACUCAAACUAUUCCCAUGGUAUGUGGGCUCAUGUUUUGACUGUCCAGGACUAUCAAGACCUUAUUGACCGCGGAUGGAGAAGGAGUGGGAAGUAUUGCUACAAGCCUACCAUGAAUCUAACAUGCUGCCCUCACUACACCAUUCGCUGUGAAGCCUUGAGAUUCAAGCUGAGCAAGUCCCACAAAAAGGUGCUGAAGAGAGUGAACAGGUUCCUGAUCAAGGGAGAGAAAUCCGGUACAUCAGAAGAGACCGAAGUGAAGCCUAGCAAGGGGACAGGCACUGAUGGCCCACCACAAGCUGACAAAAGUGAACAGAGACUGAGAGAAUCAGGAAGCGAUACAGACAGGAAGAAAGAGCCGAGGAAAGGAAUGUGUUUUGAGGUUUGCUUGGAAUGUGGGAUGAUAUUUUACUGGAAAAUUGUGAAGGAGCCGACCCAAAAAAAACCUCCAUGUAGGAAGGCCAAGGAGUUACGCAAACAGAGAAAGCUACAGAAGCUGGCAGCAAAGGUUGAAGAUAACAGUAAAAGUAAAAAUUCAGAACAGAAGCCGACAACAAGUAACCAGAAAUCCAAUGAACCCAAGACUUUAGAAGAAUUUUUAGAUGAACCAUUCAAAGCAGAGAACCCAGCACAUAAAUUAGAGAUCAAACUAAUCAGGACGAAUCCUGCUUCUCAGGAAAGCAGGCAAUCAGACGCGGCGUCUUACGAAAUCUUCAGGAAAUAUCAGAUGACAAUACAUGAGGACGCCCCGGAUGAAUGCACGAAAAAGGGAUUCCAUCAGUUUCUAGUAGAUUCAUCACUGCAGCGCUACAUGGAUGACUCGUUACGGGAGGGUUACGGGGCAUAUCACCAGCAGUACAUCCUGGAUGGGAAGAUCAUAGCCGUGGGGGUUGUGGACAUCCUACCUUACUGUGUCUCCUCAGUCUAUGUGUAUUAUGACCCUGAAUAUCAUUUCUUAUCCCUGGGGACCUACACCGCUCUACAAGAGAUAGCAUUCACGAGAAGACUAACUCAACAGAAUCCUGACCUGAAGUAUUAUUAUAUGGGGUAUUACAUCCAUUCUUGUCCCAAGAUGAGGUAUAAGGGUCAGUAUAACCCGUCCUUCCUGCUGUGUCCAGAGACAUUCCGCUGGCAGCCUAUAGAGAAGUGUCUGCCCAAACUAGACCAGAACAAAUACAGCAGGCUGGAAGAGGACAGGGACAAAGUGGAUGAAGACGGUGUCAUCAAUGUGGACAAGACACUAAUACUACAUGAGCAUCAGGCUAUGCCAUACUCCAUCUACAGAAGGGUGAAGCCAACUGCCAGUGACCAAAGAGACGUGGAAGAAUAUGCGAGAUUGGUUGGGCGGAAGUGUGCUGAAAGAAUGCUGCUGUUCAGAAAAUAACGUGUAUGGAGUGUGAAAGUGAUUUUGUUUUCCUUUGUUUCGAUGUAGAGCUUUAAACAAGAAAGACUGAUAAAAACAGGCACAUUGAGCUGUGUCCUGCAUGAGUGGCAGUAGAACCAUUUUCAAAGCAGAACCAUUUUUGGAUGGGAGAUGGGCUAAGUAUCAGAUUAAGUGAGGCCCUGAAGGGCUGGCUAAAAAAUAAAUAAAUA